UUGUAACUUUCGCGUGACCAGAUUCAAUUAAACGCUUGACAGGAGAACCUUGAAACCCAACACGCUAUUGAAUUGCCUUUGAACGGUGUUUGGCCACACAAAAGUCUACAAGAUGUCUUCUUCAAAGCAUCUAAGUUCUGAUGGACAUUUUGACUUCCUUAUGAAAAUGCUUGUAAAGCAACGAAACAGUAGAGAUUAUUGUGAUGUCACAUUGGUAGCAGAAGGUCAAACAUUUCCAGCACAUCGAGCAAUUUUAGCAGCAAGCAGCAAAUAUUUCCACACUAUGUUUAAAAGUCAGAUGAAAGAAAGAUUUGAAAAAGAGAUCACAAUAAAAGAAGUGACAAAGAUUGCAAUGAAACAAGUGAUCAACUUUAUUUAUACGAACAAAGUUUUAUUGUCAGAGGAAAAUAUUGAUGAAGUUUUGCAUGCAGCUUCACUGAUGCAAGUACAAGAUCUACUUGCAUUAGUUAUCCAAUAUCUCUCGAAUAAAAUAUCUCCAUUGAAUUGUUUGCAUUACCGUCAACUUAUUAAGUUGUAUUCUCUCAAUGAUCUUGUAUCGGAAUGUGAUCGAUGCAUUCAUAAUAAUUUCGAUCAAGUUUCAUCUAAAGAAGAGUUGUUGGGCAUUGAUGAAGUUGAAAUGGAGAAAUUGAUUUCUUCUGAUGAAUUGGUGGUAAGACAAUGA